AUGGAGAAGGUUAUGGGGUUGUUAGACUUUGGUGCAGAAGAUAUUCGCGUCGUGGGGAUAUGGGGAAUGGGUGGAAUUGGUAAGACCACUCUUGCUGAAGCUUUGUUCGACCAAAUCUCUGGCGGAUUAGAGGGCUCUUAUUUCUUCAGGAAUGUUAGAGAAACUGAAGAGAAGGGUAAUCUUGUUGAGAGGAGAAAUGAGUGUCUAUCUGUGAUUUUGGGGGAAAAUCUACGAAUAGGAACAUCUAUGCUACCGAGCUUUGUGGUUGGUACGCUUCGUCGUAAAAGAGUACUGGUUGUGCUUGAUGAUGUGAACCAUCAGAGACAACUUGAAAUUUUGUUUAAAGGGCUCGAUGAGUCUAGUGCUGGAAGCCGUGUGAUCAUAACAACACGAGAUAAACAUUUGCUCAGCAUUUUCCCGAAAGACAAAGUAAAAGUAUAUGAUAUGGAGGGAUUAAACAAUGAUGAAGCAUUACAACUGUUUUGCCGCAAUGCUUAUGUCUCAGGCCUUCAGACUGAAGGUUAUGAUGAGCUCGCAAUGAAGGUGGUUCAUUAUGCUUCUGGCAUUCCUUUGGCACUUAAAGUCUUUGCUUGCUCUCUUCGGGGCAGGGGCAAACACGAGUGGGAAAGUGCCUUGAACAAGCUGGGGAAAGUUGCCAACAUGGAGAUUAGCAAUAUAUUGAAAGUUAGCUACGACGGUCUAGAAGACAGAGAAAUACAAAACAUAUUUCUUGAUAUUGCUUGUUUCUUCAAGGAGCAAGAUAAAGAUCACGUGACCGGAUUGCUAGAUGGUUGUUAUCACGCUGCGUCUUAUGGGUUAAGUGUUCUCGAUGAUAAGGCACUUAUAAAUUUAAGAAGGAACAUGAUUGAGAUGCCAGAUCCGCUGCAAGAGCUUGGUUGGGAUAUUGUCAUACAAGAAUGCGAGUCAGAGCCUGGGAGAAGGACUCGAUUGUGGAGACCUGAUGAUGUUCACCGCGUUCUCAAAAGGAAUAAUUUUGGCUCUUUACAGGGUACAGAGGCAGUCAAAGGAAUAUACUUGGAUUUGUCAAAAGUAAUGAAGUUGGACAUAAAACCGGAUGUCUUCGAGAAGAUGUACAAUCUCAGACUCCUUAAAUUCGAUAACAGCAAAGGGGUAAACACUAAAGUGUGUCUGCCACAUGGCCUCGAAUCUCUUCCUGAUGAGUUAAGGUACUUAUGUUGGCCUGAGUUUCCACUGAAGCACCUACCCUCUGAAUUUUGUCCAGAGAAUCUUGUUGAGCUUGACAUGAGACAUAGCACUCUUAACAGGCUCUGGAGCGGUGCUCAGAACCUGGGUAGCUUAAAGAUUUUAAAUUUGGACUGGUCAGAGAAGCUGAAAGAAUUGCCCGAUCUAUCAGGGGCCCAAAAUCUUGAGCGGAUUGAUCUGUAUGGAUGCUGUCAGAUUGAUGAAUUCCCUAAGAUCCCAAAAAACAUACAAGAAAUAAAUAUGGGUGGGACCGCAAUAAGAGAAGUGCCUUCUUCAAUUCAACAUCUCUCCAGACUUGUCAAACUCAAUCUAUUCCAUUGUAAGAGACUCGAGAAGCUUCCAGAUACUUUGAGCAAUCUAGAAAGCCUUGAAGAUCUGACUCUAUCAGAAAGCAGAAACAUAAAAAGGUUACCAGCCCUUCCGAGGAAAAUAAAACUCCUUGACUUUGAUGGUGUUGGAGUGGUAGAGCUUUCCCCCUCAAUUGGUUCUCUCCACAUGCUAUCUCGUCUUGAUCUUAGGUGUUGUGGGAACCUUAUGUUUUUACCCAGCGACAUUUGGAAGAUGCAAUCUCUUAAGUCCUUAAGUCUUUCUGAUUGCUCAAAGUUGGAAGAAAUUCCAGAAGUUCUGGAGAGUAACGAGUGCUUGAAAGAGAUUAUGUUAAUUAUCAUUGAUAAUCCAAGAAAUCCCAUGGAUUCAAAUACUGCUCCAGGGAAUGAGAUUCCUGCUAUGGAUAUCGAUGAGAAUCCUCAUAUAGCGGAGGUUACGAACCCCGUUAAUCAUGAUGUUGCUGGCACAGAUAUGAAUAAUCAAGUGCCAAACGUUGCGAACGUUGUCCCACUAGGAAUGCCUUCGGUUGUUGCGAACUCCGAAAACCAGGCAAUUCCUAUUGUGCCUAUCGGCCCGGCUGAGAGACCUGAACAAUUUAAGGGUCAAAAUUUCAAACGCUGGCAACAAAAGAUGUUGUUUUUCUUAACACAGCUUAAGUUGUCUCGUUUCAUGUGUUGGAACUUUGUGCUGAACGGUUUGGAUGAUUCGCUUUAUGGUGUUUUCUCCAAAUAUGUUACGGCAAAGCAACUCUGGGAAGCGAUUGAUCAUAAAUAUCGGGUCGAAGAGGCUAACCAAGGACGAAUGGUGGUAGCCAAGCUCCUAAACUACCGUAUGAUAGAUACAAGGAGUGUUGUGGAACAAGUAGAUGAAUUACAAAUCAUCUUCCACAACUUGGCGGGAGAAGACAUCAUGGUAAAUGAACGGUUCCAGGUGGCAACUCUGAUUGAAAAAUUGCCUCCCUCCUGGACGAGUUUCAAGAAUGACCUGAGACAAAAACCUAAGGACAUGUCUUUGAAGGAUUUACAUCGUCGUGUGAGAAUUCGGCAGGAAUCUCAACCUAUUCUUAAAAUGAAUGGGCAGUUUGGAUCCAAGGCAAAUGUCGUUGAGACGACUAAGGCCAAAGGGAUUAAGAAGCGGAAGAUUGAUAAGAAUGUCAACUCCAAGAAAUUCAAGGGGAAUUGCUACGUCUGUGGCAAGACUGGACAUCUAGCGAAGGACUGCUACCAUCGCAAGGAAGGUGCCCAGAAAAAAAUUGGGAAUAAAACCCAAGCUCAGUAG